UGGUGUCGUUACAAUGAGUGCAGAUUCAACAGCCACAAGCGAUGCUUCCGAUCCAGGUUCACCAUUUAGCCACACAUCAACAAGCACAGAUGAUGCUUCAGCAGUACAAGCACCAGUCGGGAAAAAGGUUACAUCGGAAACGACGACCACAAGUGUAAGUCCCCAAAAUGGGAAAACACUUAAAAGACAAGCGCAAGUGACGGAAAAAUGUGAUAAAAAGCGUGUGCGAAAAGAACUUUGCUGCAAAAAUAACAACGUAGAAAUCAAAAUUAUUCCGAUGACUUCAAGCGCAUCUUCUCAAAAUCCAUCACAAUUAAAAAAGCCGAAUAAUGUUAUUAAAAACACUUUAUCAGCAAUCACCAACUUAAAUGUGUUCAAAAGUCAAAUGAGUGGAAAGACUGCAACAGCUGUUUCACAGCCGCCACCAAUUGUGAUUCCAUCAGUACAACAGCCACCGAAUUUAGCUCAGCUAUCUCCAUCAACUGGUGUUGCUGCAAACAUCAGCAAAUUGACAGAUUACUACAAGCUCAAGAAAGAAGUCACCAACAAUCUCAGCAUUGAGAAAUAUUGUAAUAUGUUUAUGAACCUUCAGUCGGUUAGUAAACAGAAUUUGAAAGGUGGAAAAGCUGCAGAUACAAACAUAAGUAAGCAACAUGCAGCAACCACAAUUACGCCAAUUGUCAGCAAUAAUCAGAAUCAACAGCAAUUAAAGUCACCUAUUAAACCUAUUAAUGUUCCAAUCAAAAAAACUAUCAAUGAGAAGAAGACGGCGAAGAUUGCACCAAUCAUUCCAGUUGCAAGGAAAACAACAAGCAAUCAAAUGCAAUCAUCGUCGUCCCAAACGCCAUUCAAAAUCUCACCAAAGAAACCAGUUUCGAUUGCACCUAGAAUCGAGCCAAAACCAAUAGCACAAAAGAAUAACAUUUUGCAACCAAAGCCAACAACGACAACAACCACCACGACAACAAAAUUAGCACCAUUACUCCAAUUUCAACAGAUGAUUCCGAAUUUGAUACAAUUGCCAAACUUGGUGGCUUCAACCAACAAAAAUUCAAUCGCAAAAGUUGCAUCGUCGUCAACUCCUUCAACAACACCACAACAGCAGAAUGUUUAUGUUAACAACACAACGCUUACUCAACAACAGCAACAGCAACUGUUUAUGAAUGGUGCAGUCAUUAAGCUACAAUCGUAUCCUUCGUCGACAUCUCAAAGUAAUCCACAAACGAUGACAUCAUCCACACCAUCAAAUGUUGUAGCUUCAAUGACAAAUGUAGCUCACAAAUAUGCGAUGCAUCAUCAGCAACAACAACAGCAACAAGCAUUUGCUGCACAACUAGCAGCACAACAAAUGCAACAAUUGUUUAUGACAACUCCUGUUUUGUUCAACACUUCUUCGAUACCAACCGUGCUGACAUCGCAACUUGCUGGGCUUCAACACGCUUUCAAUCAACAACAGAUUGCUUCGUCAAUGGCACCACCUUGUUCAAUGCCAGCUCUUCAACCGAUUCAAUCAUCUCUUUUGUCAUCAUACUCUACAAGUUCCAUGACAUCAACAACAAAUAGUAUGCAGUUGCCGAGUAUCAGCACAAUCUUACAUAAUCAUCCAGGAAUGGCAGCUGCGACUCAACAAUUCCAGAAUAUUCAAUUGCAGCAACAACAAAAUAUUCCAACUUUAAUGAAGACUUCAACAAUGUCAUUGCCACCAUCAUUGACAAUUACAUCGGGUUAUAUGCAUAAUCAUCAGAAGAUGACGUUAUCGGCACCACCGCAAGCAACUGUGAAUCCAUCAGCAAAAACAAUUCCGCCACUCGCACCGGCUUCAAAUAUUGCCAAGAAUUUACCGAAACUCGUCUCAGUAACAAGCUCAUCAUCUCAAACAUCACCGAAAUCACCGCCUCCGCUUGUUAUUAAUCAGAAAGUUUCACUUCCACAAGGUUCGCCAAUUGUUACGUUAACAUCAAGUUCAAUGAAACAAGAUGCGAUUGAGACAAAAACGAAUGCAAUUUGUGUUGUUCCACCACUUCCAUCGCCUGCUAAAACACUUAAAGUCGAAGUCGAAACAGAAAAGAAGAUUACAAUCAAUGAAUUACAAUCCAAAGAUACAAAAUCUGCCAUAUCGGUGAUUAUCGAAGAGAAGUCAACGAUUGAAUGUGCCAAAAGUCCAAUUUUAUCACAACCAACAACAAUCCGCUUUCCACCGGUCAAUGGUAAAGUCACAGUUUGGAAGAAGUGUAUAAAAAUAUCAAAGACUGGUGUUUGUAACUGGGAGAAAUGUUCAAAACAUUUCGAUUCCAAUUCGGAUUUAUUGGAUCACCUUCACCAACAUCACAUCAAUGCACAGCAAGGACCGUUUAUGUGUUCAUGGCGAGACUGUAAGGUAAAUGGCCGUGAAGGUUCCAAAGGAUGGUUGGAACGACAUGUCAUGUCUCACGUUGGCUCCAAGCCGUUCAAAUGCAUCGUUGAACGAUGCGGUGUGAGAUUCAGUAGUCAGGUGCAAUUGGAGAAGCAUGUGAAUGGUCACUUCAACAACUCUGAUCAACAAAAUGGAAAUAAACGUUCAUCAGAUCCACCAGCACCAAAAAAGAUUAAAAAGGAUCAAAAGAAAACAAAAGUUCGUCGUCAACCAUGGUCCGCUCGUCGCUUCGAUUUCUUUGAUGUUGGCAUGAUGGAUAUUUUACAAUAUCGAUUAGAAAAAGCUGAAUCUGUGAUGCAGGGACGCGAUAUUGAAGUCACAUUUAAAGGAAGAAUUAUUGGUAAAAGACGAGUUCUUGGUGAUGAAGAUGAAUAUCGAGUCACGUGGAAUCCAACAAAAAUAAUCGAUGAUGAAUGGAUUAAACGUCCGAAAGAGUCUCACAAACCUUCAUUCCAACUUAUCAAGAAUGUUUCAGUUAAGCGAAUGACCCCAUCGCAACGUAACGCUCUUCAAGAUCAUGUCUCCACUAUCACAAAAACCUCAUCACGGUCAAAUGGCUUGAGGAAUAGUCGGAAAUUCUCAUCAACCUGCUCAUCUCGAGCAUCAGUUACAUCGACAUCGACGUGACCUAAACGACAAGCUCUUAGCAUCAAAGAGCAUGUAAAGCGUGGUCGAGGACGACCGAAAAUUGUAAAUGGAUGUUCAAAGAAAUUUUCUAAAACCUUGUAAGACGACAGAGAAUUGUGAAGUGUAAUUACCUAUUUUUCUUCAAUCCUUUUAAUAAUGUAAUUAGAUAUUUAAUUUAAGUUACUUUUACCAAGUGAUACGGAGAUUUAAGAAGGUUGAAAAAUGAUUUUAAUUUCUCUAACACAAAUGAACUGUAAAAUAAUGCGCUAUAAAUUUGAGUCAGGAGAAGAAGAGAAAACAAAAAGGAUUUUCCUUUUCUAGCGAAAUUUUAUUUCUAAUUUUAUUUUAAAUUAAGAAAAAAAAGCCAUUUGAAGAAAGAGAUAUUCUAAGUUUGAUACACAUGUGCUAAUUGCGUUACAUAAAAAGUUUAGCACUUGGCAAAAAGAAAACUCUUUCGUUUUAAAAUGAUCUCUAACAUUUUAGGCAAAAUUGUUAAGAAAAUUCGUAAAUUCAUUCAGUGUCACUUAAACAAAACUAUGUAUCUAAGCUUUUACAUAUUUAGUUGAAAUAUUUUCUGUUCGUAUUCGUAAUUUUUUAGACGUGAAAUUUUCAAGAAAAAUUAUUGAAUUGAACUUAUAUUAGAGUGUAACAAUUCGUGGUAAUAAUUAAUUGAUCUCAAAAGUCGAUUGAAAACUUUCGUAAUGAUCAUUGAUAACAUAACAAUAUGAAUUAGUGUCGCUGAAUAUUCGAAAAUAAAAAUAAAACCAUUCUUGCAAUGCUCGUUUCUUCUAAAUAAAUAUUUUUUGAUAUGCAAUAUGUUUUCCUUUCGACAGAAAUGGAAUCUUCUUUCUGGCUUAAUAUCUUUACUGGGUAAAGAAAACUCUCGGAAAUCACUCAAAUACGUGGG